AUGUCUGAGCAAGACAUUCAUCCAAGCAAAUACAACAAAUUACGAAGUAUCUACAAAUAUUAUAUCGAUUCAUAUCUUGCAUUGUAUCAGCUAAAAACUGAAAAUGAAGAAGAAUUAAAGUCAAUUUACAAAAUGAUCAAAACAGAAUUGAUUGAUUCAAAGAUAUAUCUGGCCAAAAUUGCUAUUAAAGACAUUUUAGAUAUCAUUCCAUAUAAUAAUCGUUAUACAAAGUCAUAUUUAUUUCUUGCCAAACUCAUAUCUGAUGAUUACCAUGUCACAGAGGUCAGAAGUGUUGCAACUAUUUCAAGAAUCCUAUUUUACAAAGAAUAUGGAAUUAAAUUAGACAAAUCUAUUGAUUACGAUCAAUUUAACUCAGAAAAUCGGGAUAUUCAUACAGAAAAUACUGUUUACAGGGCAAUUAUGUAUAAUGACAAAGAAAAAUUCAUCUAUUUCAUUGAAAGCGAAGGAUUUGAUAAAGAUCAAAAACUUGAAAGCGAUUUAUAUCCUGAAUAUUAUGGAGGAUUAUCAUUACUUGAAUUAUGUUGUUACCAUGGAGCAGUUGAUUGUUUCAAGUUAUUAAGAACUAAAUUUAAGUCAGAAAUAACUGAUGUAUGUCUAGUAUUCUCAUUUUUAGGGGGAAUCAAGAAAUCAUGA